AUGGUCUUUUCAAUACCCUCCUACUUGGGUCUUGGUGAUCGAUACAAGCAUGCCGUAGACGCACGGGCCCAAGGUGUGAACUUCGUUACGAUUCCCCCCAAGACCGGCCACAACCCGGAUGCCCUCUUUGAUAAGGAGUUUAAAUACAUGUAUAAUGGAGAUCGCCGCGAGGGUGCGGAGACAAUGGCCCGCCGUGAGGCAAUGGAAAGCCGAAAGAAAAACAUAACAACAACGGGAUUUCUACCCACUGGUCCUCCAAAGAAGGGAGAGGGUUUAGGAUCUAAUUAUGGACUCAUACAGAAGGAUCCUUAUCCACACAUGCCAGAUAAUCCGCAGUCACGUGGACCACAACCAUUUCCUCAGUCAAUGCCACCGCAGAUCUUAACAUCGCCGGGGAAAUUGGGUAGUUAUGGUACACCUGGAUUGGCGCUUAGCAGUAUUGGAAAUGAAUACAUUGCGAACAUUUAUGAUCAACCUCGUAUUAAUGCUAAGAGAGAACGUGAAAUGUGGCGUAGUCGUAUGCCGGCAGCGCCAUUUAAACCCAUUGGACGUCGUGGUUACACAUUUGAUGAGAGUCCCGCUACGGGAACUUCCACCUGUUAUAUGAUGACAAAACCAUUUAUGCCAAAGAAGACAACUCCACCACUAAAACACUUUGUGAUUGAUAAACCAUGGCGUCCAGCUGGAUACAUAGAUGAUAAGCGUAUCUCUAUUGAGUACUGGGAAGAUCCAUAUGAUGCGUUUGACCCACGCGAUGAUCCGAAAUCGCGGGUGAAGAAGCCUAGUGAUGCUGUGUUCAGGACUGGCUACCGAGGGGAUAACUUUUGGUAUACACAGAGUAUCGUGUUUAGGCGACUGUAG